AUGUUCCUGCAAAAAAGAUCGUGUGCGGAAAUCCGCACGGUGCCCCAGCUGACGCAACGCGCCCAUUGCACCGCCCCCCUCACUCGCCAGCCGCGGUUUGCGUCACGGCAACUUUCCCACGUGGACGCACACACAGUCGCGCGCGCGCACACAAACGAGCCCGCGGCCAUCGGAAAUGUGGGUGAAGCGGCAAUACGGUCAGAGGUCCACGAUCUAUGU